UUGUGUGACAGUUUCUGGAUGCUCAUCCUUCCGCCAUCAGUGUCUUCAGUUUACGCAUGGCUCAGUGUUUCCGUGAAGAACUAUAAUACGUGUAUAUUCAUUUAUUUACCAAACCUUUGCGUGGAACGCUUGCGUACGUCUUCUUUCUUUUGUGCGUACGCAAGCUUGACUUGAGUGCAAGUGAGGCCUGCAGGAACUAAGCUGCAGGAGCUUCAGACAUUCAACCACUCCCUCCGCUCCGCGUGUUUGAGUCGAAGACAGACCGAAGACGAUUCGUUAACAACCGACUGUCCUCGGUGUGGCUCGACCUCUGUGCGUCUCCAGGAAGAUUUUAAUUCAUCUGUGGGAAAACAUUUGAGAGGAGCGACUUUUGUCUCCAGCAGAUCACGCAGCAGAUUUGUUCAGAGGAUGAAGGUUGUUUGGAAGUGUGUGCGUUUCCUUCCAGUUGUGCUGUGUGUUCUUUACUUUGUUUCCCCGUCUUUGAGAUACUUUGUGAAGUAUAUUCAUAUGGAGAGAUGCUCUCUGAAGAGUGCAAAGGAGCUGAUUCUGGACAACAGCGUUGAUGCCAGUCUUGACCUUGUGAGCAGGAAUGAUGUGCAAACGUGCACAUACUGGAGAGCUCCGAUCAUCUGGGAGGGAAUGUUUGAUCCUGAGAUUUACGACGAGACGCACAAGAAGAAAGGCUCCUCUGUGGCUCUGGUGGUGUUUGCUGUAGGCAGGUACCUGGAGGCUUACCUCGACACCUUCCUGAACUCGUCGGAGCGUUACUUCAUGUUGGACUUGCCGGUGACGUACUACGUGUUCACAGACCGGCCGGCGAAGGUGCCACCACUGAAGCUUCCUCCUCACCGAAGCAUGAAGGUGAUGAGAGUGGAGAAGCAUGCCAGGUGGCAGGAUGUCUCCAUGAUGCGGAUGAAGACCAUUUCAGACGCCAUCAAGACGGACAUUAAGCAUCGCUGCACGUAUGUCUUCUGCUUCGAUGUGGACCAGGAGUUUACUGGGAGGUUUGGUUCGGAGGCGCUGGGAGACUCCGUGGCUCUGCUCCAUACUUACUACUUCGACCUGCCAAAGAUGUUGUACACCUAUGACCACAACCCAGAGUCCAAAGCUUACAUGGAAACUGGGGAUCUCUACUACCACGCUGCUGUCUUUGGAGGCACGUGGGAAAGUGUCAAAGCGCUGGUGGACGCCUGCCACCAGGGCAUCAUGGAGGACAAGCGCAACCGCGUGGAGGCUCUGUGGCACGACGAGAGUCACCUGAACAAGUACCUGUGGAUCCACAAACCGAGCCGAGUGCUCUCCCCCGAGUACUGCUGGGACCCGCUGAGCGGCAAAAACGGCGUAGUUCGAGUCCAGCGACUGGUGUGGGCGCCCAAACAGUAUAAGAAACUACGCGCACCUUAGACUGAUUUGGUUGGCAGUGUUGCCUGACAUCAAGAAGGUCACCGGUUCGAAUCCCAGUUCUCCACACCAGGACAUUGGGCACUCUAAAUCAGUGGUGUCAAAGUGGCGGCCCCCAGGGGGACCACAUGUGGCCCACCAAACAAUAUCAAG